AUGUUUUUAUCUAUCCUGUCCAGUGAAGGAGACGAGAGCUGUCAGAAACAGUUAGGUAGAGUUCUGUCCAUCUGGCAGGAAAGAGCUGUCUAUGAGAAUGGCAUACUGGACAAACUCUCUGAUGUCCUACAGGUAGAAAAGAAGGCCAAAAAAAGGCCUUAUGAGGAGAUUAAGGUGAACGAUGAUGACUUCGCCUCCCAAAGCUCCCCUGCUGAACCUCCACAGACUGCUGAUCUGAUCCGAGCACUACAGGAGCUUGAGAACGCAGCCUCCAGCGAUGCAGCUCUCCGCCAGAGGAUCUCUGCUUUACCCCCAGAGGUGCAGGACACCACCCUAUUGCACAAAGUUACAGAUAAAGAGUCAGGGGGGCGUCUUUCUCGGUUGGUGGAAGAGGCCUGCAUGCUUCUAGCUGACUACAGUGGGCGGCUGGCAGCAGAGAUUGAUGAUCGGCGGCAACUCACACGCACUCUUGCUGUCUUUUUGCAGAGUCAGAGAGACGGCCUGGCCCAGAACGAGCAGAAACUAGAAGAAUACAAGCGCAAACUGGCCCGGGUGUCCCAGGUGGCCAUGUCCGCCUGCCCUCCUCUGGCGAUCUUUACAGCCCCUCUGAUUGAGCUGGACUCUCACCCCAUCACCACUCUCCUGGUCCUCUGGCUGUCAACGAAUGUAACGCCCGUAUUUAUUAAGCUAUUUAUUAUUAUCGUUAUUUUAGCAUUUUCAAUAGGUGAGAUGAAAGAUGGUAAGCACUGUCACGAUAAUAGCCGUGCCCUGGAGGACCGAGAGCGUGAAAAAAAGCUUGCCAAGAAACGCCUGUACAUUGUUUCAGCAGUGUGUCUGGUCUUCAUGGUGGGCGAGAUCUUAGGUGGGUAUUUUGCUGGAUGUCUGGCAGUGAUGACAGAUGCCGCCCACCUGCUUGUGGACCUCACCAGCUUCAUCAUCAGUUUGUGCUCGCUGUGGCUGUCGUCCAGACCUGCUACACACACUCUCAAUUACGACUGGUAUCGAGCAGAAAUCUUGGGUGCUCUGCUGUCUGUUUUCACCAUUUGGCUGGUGACUGGUGUGCUAGUGUAUCUAGCAGUGGAACGGCUCAUUGAUGAUGACUUCACUAUUGAGGGCACAGUCAUGCUGAUCACCUCUGGCUGUGCUGUACUGGCCAACAUCAUAAUGGCCUUCACUCUGCAUCAGUCGGAUCAUGGCCAUAGUCACGGUGGUCUGAGCGGCGGCCACGGCCACAGUCACGACCAUGGGAAGGAAAACGGCCACAGUCAUUCUAACGCUAACCAUUGUGACGUAGAGGAGAAUGGGUCUGGUAAAAGACAACAAGCUAAUGCUAGCGUCAGGGCAGCAUUCGUCCAUGUGAUUGGAGACCUUCUACAGAGUGUCAGUGUGCUUGUCAGCGCGCUCAUCAUAUUUUUUAAGCCUGAAUAUAAAAUUGCAGAUCCCAUCUGCACCUUCCUGUUUUCUCUAUUUGUCCUGGGCACCACAUUCACUAUCAUGAGGGACAUAAUUAUUGUCCUAAUGGAAGGUACGCCGGCUGGUGUGAACUAUAAUGAGGUGAGAGAACGACUGCUCAGAGUCAAAGGUGUCAAAGCUGUGCACAACCUUCACAUCUGGGCCCUGACAAUGAACCAGGCUGUGCUCUCCGCUCACGUGGCUAUAGAUGAUACCGUAGAGCCACAGGCGGUGUUGAGAGAAAUGACCCAGGCCUGUUUCACAACAUACAGUUUCCAUUCAGUAACCAUUCAACUGGAGCAUCAGGCGGACGAGAGGGCUGAUUGCAGCCUCUGUCAAGACCCCACAAAGUGAAACAUUCAGAGACUUUACAUUAAAGAAUGGCCCUGGUCCAAAGGGACAAAAGAUCAAUGAAAGAGAUCAUUGAGGAUUAUUGUGGUGUUCAUAUUUUAUAGCUGACAUAAUUUCACUAGUUUUAGUUUUUUCGACUUUGGACACCUCUGUUUCUGUUUUGUCACUAAUUUGAUUUAAAGGGAUUGUCACCCAAAAAAUGAAAAUUCUGCCAUUUACUCACCUGUAUGUCAUUCCAA